AAGCACUUUAAUAUUUUAUACAAAGUUUGAGUAUUAUUUUUUGAAAAACUGGUCAUGAAUCAAUUUUGGCGAUUGUUGUUUUGUCGUCACCCGUGAUAUCAUUUACUUUGACUCUUGACUUGUUUACCAGUUUAUUGGUAAAUAAAAAAAAUACUGGUAGUUAUCGUAAAAAAAAUAAAAUAAAAUAAAAUUACAGUACUCUUUUUGAUGGGCGACAGCAGGACCAAGUGAGGCCAAUAAUGAAGAAUGAGUAUAGCCGAGGGUGACUGUGAAAGGUUGUGAUGAGUCGAUGAUCUGAGAGGAGCCGUCAACCGUGAAAAUGGCUGUGUGUUAAUUCUUUAAAGGGAAAAAAAAAAAAGAAAUAAGAAGUCCAUUGGUGGAGAUGGAUGAGGACGGAGAUUGGGGUGCGGAGGAAUCGAGACUACUAUUAUCCAGAUCCACCCACUCUGAUUCUCAUCUUCAUGAUCCUAAUCCUGAUGAUGAAUUGCAAUUUCAGGAAAUAAAAAGACCCAUGGUGAAAUCACUCCAUAGAUGUAAAACAGCUCCAGCUAAGGAUAUGGCCGCCGUGGUUCGCGAGCUUCAAGCGAAAUACACAGCAACUGGCGGUGGCGGUGAUAUUGGUGGUAAAGCUGAAGUCGAGGAGGAGGAAGACGAAGAUGAAGAUGAAGAAGAUUCCUCGGGUACGAGGACGGUGAUGGUGAGACAAGCAGGUAUACUGCUGAUAAUAUACUUAGUAAUGGGUGUUUUGGUGUACCAACUCAACAAGGAUCAAUUCUCAAGAGGAGUAGGAGGUGUAGAGACUCAUCCAAUUGUUGAUGCUCUCUACUUCUGCAUCGUUACAAUGUGUACCAUCGGCUACGGUGAUAUAACUCCUCUCACUCCUUUUACCAAACUGUUUUCCUGUCUCUUUGUACUUGUUGGCUUUGGUUUCAUCGACAUUCUUCUUUCUGGAGUACUCAAUUAUGUGCUUGAUCUUCAGGAGCAGAAUAUCCUCUCUGAUAUACUUCAUCAUCAAACCAAUAAUGUUCAUAAUUCCAAUCUCAAUCAUAAUCGAAAUCCCCCUUUCCUCCGCUUCCUCACCCUCAGGCUUGUAGAUGUUCAGAAAGGUCGCAUGAGAAUCCGUCUCAAAGUUGGUCUAGCACUGUUGGUCCUUAUCCUAUGCAUCGGUGUUGGAACUCUCUUCUUGUAUUUUGUUGAGCAAUUGUCUUUGGUUGACUCCCUUUAUCUAUCUGCCCUUUCCGUUACUACCGUUGGCUACGGCGAUAAAGCCUUCAGCACCCUCUCCGGCCGCCUUUUCGCUUCUGUUUGGCUCCUGUUUUCCACUUUGGCUGUCGCCCGUUCCUUCCUCUUCCUUGUUGAGGCUCGCAUUCACAAGCGUCAACGCACCAUUGCCAAGUGGGUUCUCCAAAGGGACAUUACUCCUCUUGACCUCUUUGCUGCCAACAUCAAUAAUAACGAUUUCAUCAACAAAUCAGAAUAUGUUAUCUUCAAGCUUAAAGAGAUGGGAAAGAUUGGAGAGCAGGACAUAUCACAGAUUUGCCAUCAGUUUGAAAAGCUCGAUUCCAACAACAUGGGAAGGAUAACACUGCCUGAUCUAUUGCAAAGUCGCCCUUUAUCAUGAAAGCAGAAGGUUUGGCCUGAAAAGCAUAGCAAGAGAGUUGUUAUGUGGGUGGAAGCAACAUCUGUAUCCUAUAAAUUCAUGAUUUUGUUUUUGUAAUGGUAUCUCCGGAAUUAUGCAUAUAUACAGAGGACUUACUGAUUAUCCACAUUUAUAGAAAUAUCUGCCCUGUAGACUUGUAUAUUGUGUCCAGAACAAUGUAGAAAUACUAAAUAUUGUAUAUCCUUGACAGGUUACUUAGUACAUCAUUGUCACUAAUCACUAGACAACAUUGAGAUCACAUUAAAAUGUGCAAACUCUUGGCAUUGUUGCAUGGUUUCCUUGUGUACAAUUGUGAUGAACUCAAUGUAAAAUGGUGUUUAUAUGUUUUGUUUAAUUAUAAGCCUGAAACUCCUUAAAUUUGAUACAGAGUAAUUAAUACUUGGUUCGCUGUAAGUUAUCAACUCUAGUGAAUAAAUUAGGUUAUUUUCUGUGAAAAAUUCUGUUUGAAUUCCUUACUGUCUUUUAAACUUGCUUUCCUUCUUAAUAAUUGUAUUUGUGUACUUGAUUUCAGUUUGGUCUAUGGUUCUCUCUUUCCUGAAUUUGCUAUUAUAGUCUGAUGCUGAUAUCUUCU